AUUUAAACAUGUCAAACCAGUGGAUUAUGCACAAGGAAGAAAGCAGACACACACCUUCAAUUAUCAGAGGAAUGAAAUAUGAAGAAGAAUUAGUUUACAGAGUGCGAGGGGUAUGCCUAAUUCAAAUAGUUGGCUACCGAUUAGAAUUACCUGUACACACAGUGGCUACCGCCUCCACUCUCUACCAUCGAUUCUUUACACGAAAGUCCUUUCAAGACUACAAAUAUACCAGAAUAGCACAAGCGUGCCUUUUCAUUGCUUGUAAGAGCGAUGAAUCAUCUCGAAGAGCACAGGAUAUCGCCAAAUCAUGGACAUAUAAACCAAAGGAAGCCGUUCUGGAGAAAGUGAUUUCCAAAUUUAUUUCUGAUCUGCUUAGAAACGAACUCUUGGUGUUGGAAGUGACAUGCUUUGGUAUGACAUUCGAUCACCCUUAUUACGACAUGAUGGAAUUUGUUCAAGAAAUACAAAUUCCCAAUGAAGUUGCAACAGCCGCGACAGCUUUUAUUAAUGACAGCUUUAGAUUGCCGUUGUGUAUGUGGUACGAUGCUAAGGCAAUUGCAGCAACAGCGCUUGUCAUGGGAUAUCAAACAAGUGGCACACCACUUCCUGUCGACACAAAUACUCAUUGGUCAGAGUAUUUACACGCCAAUGCCGAGCAUAUUGGAGGUAAGGGGAUUGCAAUUUUUUUUUAUGUAUAUAUCUUUAGUUUUAUACUAUUGGAAACUGAAUAUGGCUAUAGAAAUCGCUGGUUCGAUUAUGGAUGUGUAUAAACUCCCAAAGUACAGUUUUUCUUCGAAAGACUAAGAAUGGACGAAAGUGGAGAAAGGGAGAAUUUUUUUUUAUUUUUUUUUAUUCGUUUACGAUAGAAUAAAAUUAUUAGGCCAUGAAUUAAAAAAAAAUUGAGCGUUAUGGACUAAAUCGCUUUUGUAACUGGUAGUAUACAUACUCGACUGAUUUUUUUCUUCUCUACAGUUUCUCCAGUUUGUUCGAUGAGUGGAAAGUAACAUGAGUUUGAGUAUGCAAUGCCGAGAAAAGAUGGGAUAAAAGCUUAGAAAUUCGAUUAGAUUAAACGAUGAUGAAAUACGGUCUCAUAUAAUAGAUUGGAAGUCUACCGGACAGUGCUGAUUUUUUAAAAAAAAAACGAAAAGGGAAAGGAUCUAUCAUUGGAAUUGAAACAUAUUACACUUUGAAAAUAC